AUGGAGGGGUUCCUGUCCACGUUCACGGCCUAUAACGUGUACAGCAGCCCGCUGUGCGCGGCCCCGGGCCCGGGGGCCCCGCGGGGGGCCCUAGGGGGCCCGGGCCGCGGCUGGGGGAAGAGGGACGGCCGCUUCGUGGCCCCCCACGGCCUCAGCUACCUGGAGCUGUGGAAGGUGCUGCUGGCCCAGGUGGGGCCCCAGGUGGUGGGGCCCCCCGCGGGGCCGCGCACCCGGGACUGCGGCGUGCAGGUGAACGCGCAGGCGGACAAGGUGGUGCAGUGCUCGCUGGGGCCCAAGCUGCUGCUCUGCGACGAGUACCCGUCCCCCUGCUCGUCCCCCGGGAGCCCCGCUGCGCAGGGGCCCCGCACGCCCCCGGCCGGCCGCCUGCGCAUGCUCAGACCCGUGUCCAUCUACUCCCCGCUGUUCGACCGCAGGACCUUCCUGAAGAGGCUCCGCGACGGCGGCGGGAGCGAGGACGAGGCCCCCGGAGCGGCCCCGGGGGACGAGGCAGCAGAGCAGGACCUGGGGACGGAGGUCCGGACCCCCAGGGGCCCCAGCUUCCAGUUCUUGGAGCAGAGGUAUGGCUUCUUCCACUGUAAGAAGUGCAACAUCCGGUGGGAGAGUGCUUAUGUAUGGUGCAUUUCUGGAACCAGUAAGGUGUACUUCAAGCAGCUCUGCCGGAAGUGCCAGGUGGGAUAUAACCCCUACAAGGUGGAGUCUAUCCUCUGCAAGGGCUGCUCUCAGACGUGCUGCAGCUGUGAGAAGAAGCAGAGGCACAUUAACAUGAAGAGGCCUCACCGCCAGGACCUGUGCUGCCGCUGUAAAGGAAUGAAGUUGUCCUGCGACGCCACCUACAGCUUCAAAUACAUCGUCUGACUGCCCAGGAGGACUGGACUUUGUAUGUCCCCACACCGGCCAUGACGCAGUCGUCCCAGCCAGAUGAGCAGGGAUGCUGCGUUAGUCCUCCAGUGCAAGCUGCUUCUCUGAACACUGUAAAGCUGAGGCCCUGCAUUGGUGGGUUAA